AUGGCUGUCAAAGAUAUCAAGACAUGGAUUCUGAUGUUUCUCCUCUUUUUCAUAAUAUUUGCUGCUUCGAUCACCAACUUCUUCCCGUCUGUCGUUGAAACCUUGGGAUACGGCAAGGUCAGGUCUCUUUUCCUGACUGUUCCACCUUACGCUAUAGCAACUGUCCUGUCAUGUCUCAACGCAUGGCAUUCCGACCGUGUAGCUGAACGUUACUGGCACAUUACUAUUCCAUUAUGCUUUGCCGUCACUGGCUUCAUUAUUGCAGCCACGACCGAGUCAGUUGCACCUCGGUAUUUGAGCAUGAUCCUAAUGCUCUCCGGUUUAUACCCUGGGUUUGUCAUCGCCUUAGGAUGGAUCUCAAGCACAGUGAGGAGGCCUCUGGCAAAACGAGCUGCGGCCAUGGCUCUCAUUACUGCGUUUGGAAACUCCAGCAGUAUCUACGCGAGCUUUAUGUUCCAAAGCCAGAUGGCGCCCCGGUAUGUGCUGGCAAUGAGUGUUUGCAGUGGCGCCAUCGUUCUUGCACUAGGUUGCACCACGGUACUCAGAUUCGUGCUUGUUCAUCACAACAAGAGAACAGAAGGCACUGGGGCAGCGGGCGGUCCCGCGGUCGAUUUCAAAUUUCCCAUAUAG